AUGAGAGCCGUGCAACUAGAGAAAAAGCACGGAGCCAAAGCGGGAGAGCGCCAGACUGUAGCUGUAUGCGACAUACCCCUGCCAAGCGUGCGCGAAAACAUGGUGCUUGUCAAGGUUCUUGCAGCCGGACUGAACCGCCGCGACGAAUGGUCGGCCAUGGGCCUGUACCCCGGUCUGGUGUACAAAAACGCAACAAUGGGCUGCGAUGCAUGCGGUAUACUUGUCGAUCCUCACUCGUUGGAGCCAUUGGAAAACACUUUGUACCUCCUGACACCCAUGCGCGGCUGGGAGAAGGAUCCUGCAGGGCCAGAGGCAGCGCUGCCAGGCACCUCCGCGUCCGCUGCCACCAACGAAUUCGGCGGCUGCGGUUUUGGCCUUUUGGGUGCGACCAAGCAAGUCGUCGGCGCAGGCACAUUUUGUGAAUAUAUUGCCGUGGACAAAUCCCAGCUCAUCCCUGCGCCCAAGCAUUUGUCUGCGGUUCAAUGUGCAUCUUUGCCGUGUGCCGUUCUCACAGCGUUUCGAGCGCUGUUUACCAAAGGCAAUGUAGGAAAAGGCGCAAACGUGCUCAUCACGGGGAUCGGCGGCGGUGUGGCCAUCUUUGCAUUGCAGCUGGCUGUUGCUGCCGGUGCGCAUGUGUUUGUCACCGGCGGCGCAGAGGCCAAAAUUGAGCAUGCAAAGCGGCACGGCGCUACAGGCGGCGCAUUGUACCGCGAUCCGGAAUGGCCCGCUCAGAUUCGCGCGAUGCUCCCAAAGGAACACGCGUGGAUCGACGUCGUGAUCGACUCGGCGGGCGGCGAUAUUCCUGCACAGUCUAUCCGUGCGGGGCUGCGCGACGGUGGCCGUAUCGUUAUAUACGGCAUGACAGCUGUGCCGAAAACGACCAUCGCGAUGCGCGAGGUGCUCAAGAACGUGGAUGUGCAAGGUACGUAUUCGAGGGUAACACUAACGCACAGGGUCUACUUUGGGUUCCGCAAACGAGUUUCGUGCGAGUGUACGGUUUGUGGAACAGCACAGAAUUGUGCCUGA